AGCAUAUUGGUGAGGAAGGUUGGUUUUCGGUGAGCUGUGUGUGUGUGUUUCUGCAUUUUGGUCUCAAUAUUUAUUUUUUUUAAAAAAAAAAAAAAAAACUUCUAUUCACUGCUUCACAUGGUCCCAUUUGUAUCAUAAAUCCCACUUAUUCUUUUUUGCCUUUUUUUUUUCUCUACUCUAUUAAUCAAGUAGUUUCCUCUCUCUCUCUAGAGAAAAAAUAGAGAUGUGGGAACAUUUUGAGACAACAUGAAAUUCCAAAUCUUUGAUCUCCAUUUAUGGUGGAGGAGGAUUAUUGUUUUUCUUCUACUUGCAUUUCAAGCUUCUGGGCUUAAUACUGAUGGAGUUUUGUUACUGACAUUCAAGUAUAAUAUUCUGAGUGACCCUUUAGGUGUGUUGCAAAAGUGGUAUUCUUGGAAUGAGACGCCAUGUUUAUGGACAGGGGUAACUUGUGGAAAUUCAAAUGUUUCAGACCCAAACCUACGAGUGAUAGGGUUGUCUCUUCCCAAUUCUCAGCUUAUUGGUUCUGUUCCUUCUAGUCUUGGUAUGAUUCAAUAUCUUACAAAUCUUGAUCUUUCUAAUAAUUCCAUUAAUGGGUCUAUUCCUCUUACUCUGUUUACUGCCCCUGAGCUGAAAAAACUUGAUUUUUCUAAUAACAGAAUCUCCGGCGACUUGCCUGAGCUCGUCGGAGGUUUAAAGAAUCUUCAGUUUCUUAAUCUUUCCGGUAACUCUUUGGCGGGAAGGUUACCGGCAAAUCUGACUAGUCUUCGUAACCUAGCUGUUGUUUCGUUGAAAGAUAAUUACUUUUUUGGUUCUCUUCCUGUUGGGUUUGAGUCAGUUCAAUUUUUAGAUCUGUCUUCUAAUUUGAUUAAUGGAUCGUUGCCUCCCAAUUUUGGAGGCAAUAAUCUCCGUUACUUUAAUGUUUCUUUUAAUAGACUUUCUGGAGAUAUCCCACCAGAAUUUGGCAGCAAAAUUCCUCAAAAUGCAACCUUAGAUCUCUCCUACAACAAUUUCAGUGGUGCAAUUCCAGAGUCUAGUGUUUUUGUCAACCAAAGUAGAAAAGCUUUUUCUGGGAAUCCCGAAUUAUGUGGUGACCCUCUGAAAAAUUUGUGUCCAAUUCCUUCUACCAUAACAACUCUACCAAAUGCCUCUGAACCAACUUCUUCUCCAGCAAUUGCAGCCAUUCCCAAGACCAUUGACUCAAACCCAGCAGCAGCAUCCCCAAACGGCUCUUCUAAAGGAGGAAAAAGUGGGCUGAAAACUAGCACAAUUAUAGGCAUAAUAGCUGGGGAUAUUGCAGCAGUAGGAGUUCUAGCACUGAUUUUCAUGUACGUAUAUCGAGCCAAAAAGAAGAAAAGAAUAGAAAGUACGAUAAAGCAAGAAGCCGAAACUGCAAAAGAUUUUGACUGGGCAUCGUCAGCAUCUUCAGAAGAAUACAACUGGUUAAGGUCAUGGACUUGUUUGAAAAAACCAAGGCACGGAGAUGGUGACGAUUUAUCAGAAACUUCCAAUUCAGAGAGCCAAGAAAGUGAAAUAUCCCUAAAAGGUCAGCAAAAUCACGUGACAACAGAGCAGAAAACAGGGGAAUUGGUAACGGUUGAUGGAGAAAGAGAGCUUGAGUUAGAGACAUUGCUUAAAGCAUCAGCUUACAUUUUGGGAGCUAGUGGUUCGAGUAUAAUGUACAAGGCGGUGUUAGAAGAUGGGACAACACUGGCUGUGCGGCGGAUUGGAGAAAGCGGCGUCGAACGGUUUAAAGAUUUCGAGAAUCAGGUUAAGGUAAUUGCUAAAUUGGUGCAUCCAAAUUUGGUUAAAAUCCGUGGCUUCUACUGGGGUGCUGAAGAGAAACUGGUCAUCUACGAUUUCGUUCCUAAUGGCAGCCUUGCUAAUGCACGUUACAAAAAAGCUGGUUCUUCUCCGUGUCACGUACCCUGGGAAAUCCGGCUAAAGAUUGCUAAAGGCGUGGCCCGUGGGCUCACUUACAUUCAUGAAAAGAAGCACGUACACGGCAAUUUGAAACCCAGUAACAUUUUACUCGGGGCAGAUAUGGAACCCAAGAUUGGAGAUUUUGGAAUUGAAAGGCUUGUAACAGGAGAUAGCAGUCAUAAGACCUAUGGAUCAGCUCGUAAUUUUGGUAGCAAGAGGUCCACAGCCUCUCGAGAUAGCUUCCAGGACUUCGCAUCUGGGCCUACUCCUAGCCCAAGUCCAAGUGCAUUGGGCAUAUCUCCUUACCAUGCACCCGAGUCGCUUCGUAGCCUGAAACCCAACCCGAAAUGGGACGUAUUCUCGUUUGGGGUAGUGUUGCUGGAGUUGCUAACUGGAAAAGUGAUUGUUUCGGAUGAAAUGGGACCCAUCGGAGCUGCCACCUCCGCAGGUGAAGAGAAGAGUAAAGUGUUAAGGUUGGCUGAUGUGGCGAUCCGUGCUGACAUGGAAGGGAAAGAAGAUACCUUGUUGGCAUUGUUGAAAGUUGGGUAUAACUGUAUAUCACCAACGCCUCAGAAGAGACCAGGCAUGAGAGAGGUGGUUCAAGCACUGGAAAAGUUUCCAAAUAGUUCUACUACUUUACCAUACUAUUAUGGCCCUUAGCAAUUAUAAAAAAAGAUGGACACAAUUAAUUGUAGAAACCAGAGUCUUUGUAUGUAAUGAGACUGACGACUUGACGUUUCUUUUUUCCUAUUUAUUUUUUGUUUGCCCUUCCAAUACAGGAGUAUUAGCCAUUUGAGUUUUAAUCGUGGUCAUCUUCAUAGGUUUUGUGCUGUAUUAUUCUUAAGAUAGUGACUUUGGAUUAUCUAUAUCUGACAAUUCUCGGUGUUUGCUAAUA